ACGGAAAUUAUUUUCACAUUUAGUUAAAUAUAUACAAUUUUGGCCUCAAAAAAUCUUCCACCAUGGCAGGAGCUGAGCAGGAAUUCACAGUGGCAGAUGUCUACCAACAUGCUGCCAUGAUUGGACAAGACAUAGAAGUGAUAGUAAACGAUUAUGGUAAGGAAGCUAUUGAAGAAAUCAUGCCGAAAAUUGUGUAUGUGCUGGAAAAACUUGAAGCAUUAGCAGAAAGACGGAAAUUAGAUCAGGAGCGGAUGGAUGAGUUGACAUUGGAGAAAGAUAAACUGCUUAUUCAUACGAAACGAGAUGAGGCGAUACAGAGACAACUUGAAGAGAAAUUAAAUUAUAUGGAAGAACUAGUAUCUGUUGAUAAAAAAGGACUGGAAUCGAAAAUCAAACAUUUGCAACAAGAAAACGAUUGUCUCUGUGAUGAUCUUGACAAAUGUGAAAAAGAAAUUAUGAAGUUACGCAGUCAUGGAGCUGAAUUUGAAAGUUGUACCUUAUGGUUGCUCGAUUUGUUUUGUGGUGGAAAAUUAUUCUUCUUGUCUGAAGCUCUUCCUGGCGAUGUAGAAGUCAUGUUUCGCAUGAAGUCAACCAUCGACAAUCAACGAGAUCAAAUACGACAACUUAACGGUGAACUUCUUGGCCAGAAGAGAGACGUCGAGGCUCUGCAAGAACAAACAAACCGUUUGUCGGAAAUCAACGAAAAAUUGCGACGUGAUAACUUUGUUGUUCAGUCCAAACUAAAACAAUUCGAACAUAACAACCAACACAACGCAGUGGAUGCGUCUGCGGUGGAAGUAUUAUUAAAAAACACAAAUAACAAUUUCGAUAGCACAGACAGUGUGAAUAACAAAAGCUUAGCAGAGGAGGGUGUGUUGGAUACGACAACGGACUCGGAGGCUGGUGACAUCGAGUCACUUAGCAGUGUGUUAACUGAGGCAAGUACAGAAACGGUUGGGUCAAAAAGCGUAAAAGAUCCUAACCGACCUAGAUUUACACGAAAAGAAAUGGAAGAUGUUUUGGAACAAAGAAAUCGCUUUAAGAUCGAGAAACUUGCGUUGGAAGAAGAGUUAGAAUUAUAUAAGAGAGAAGAACGAGAUAGAUUGGAACGCGCUAAAAAAUCAUCAACAGAUAGUCAUCGUAAAUCCACUGGAGUGAGAAGUUUUAUGCAAAAAUUUAUGGGCAAGUAAAGGGUACGAUACAAGACGGCCAACAUAUUGGUACGCCUUCAUGUAUUCUGACACGUUUUGGUGGUGCAAUGCGGAAGCACAUUUCAUCGAAGAUAUGGUGUAUUAUUUAAGUGACUUGCCAGUAGAACGGUUUCACGCCCAUCAUCAGAGGGAUGUUUUUAUGCAGAAAAAGAAAAAAAAGAAAAUGCGAAUUAAAAUAAAAAAAUCUUCGUAUCGUAGAUUUAGUGACUAAAUUGUAGAAUUGGUUUUGUAAUUAGUUUUAAUUUAUUUUUAUAUUAUAUUUUUAUUAUUUUUUAUUAUAUUUUCUUUUUCUUUUUUUUGUACUUUUUAAAUGUUUAUCUGCAUUUUCUCAAUUAUACAUCGUUUAAUCGUGUUUUUAAGGACUGUGUUUUAUCAUUUUAUGCUGCAUUGGGUAAUUUGUCUGGUUUGUCAUUUACCAUUUUGUUUAUCCUACCUUUGCGAUUUGUUUUUUCAAAUUUAUUUGAAUGGUUAUGUUUUGUUCCUUUUUACUUGUGGUGCGGCGUUAUCACAACCUCAUUUACCAACGCAUUUAUUACGCAUACGCAUACUUUUUAACUCUAUCUAAUCAUGGAUCUAAUAGCAACGCUAAACUGUGUAUAUCUGUGUUUUUUAAAGGUUAGUUCCACGCUCAUGACGCUGCGAAAUUAGAAUUUACUGUGCUGCAUAUUUUGCCGAUCAAGCUUAACAACACAGCUGUACUUCUUUCUGUUGUUUCCUUUGUGAAUUUUUAUAAUAUAUAUAUUUUUAAAUCGUCAAAACUAUUGGAUUUUAGUUAUUUUAUUGGCGUAGAAUAGUUUAUGAGCACAUCAUAA